AUGGUGGACAUCGACAACGUGCUGGUGUCGUUGGGCAUGGGCCGGUACCAGUUCGUGGGUUGCAUUCUGUUCGGCUUGAUGAUAACGUAUUCGAACGUGUCGCCUGUCACCUACGUCUUCACCGCCAGUGAUUUGAAAUACAGGUGCGAAAUACCGGAAUGCGACUCGCCGAACCCGGAAGGACGUACCUACGAGCCCGAAUGGUUGCGGUUCACGACGCCUUACAGAAACGACACAAAUCAGCCUCGCAAGUGUCUGCGGUAUGCUGCAUUGUCUGGCCCGCUUAUAAAUGGUACGCAGUGUUCAUCCGAUAGAUUCAACUAUAACUCGACCGAAGUGUGCAGCGAUGGCAAUUGGGUGUUCGAAGACUUCGAAAACACCAUCGGCAAGGAAUUUGGACUCAUGUGCGAGGAUAACAAAUGGAAGCUGUCAAUGGUAGGAACGGUCAAUAACUUCGGUCAAUUUAUCGGAAUACCAGUGUCAGGGAUCGUCGCCGACAGGUUCGGCCGAAAAUUCACCAUGGUGUUUUGUGCAGCUAUAUCGGCCACAUUAAGUAUCAUCCAGUCGUUUUCAAACAGUUAUUUGAUGUUCAUUGGAUUUGAAUUUUUGUCUUCGGUCGUUUCCAGUGGAAUUUACACGGUUACUUUUAUAUUAGCAAUGGAGCUGUUUUUGCCACACCAGCGGGUACUCUAUUAUUCGAUUCUAGAAUGUUUCCUCCCGGUUGGCUCUAUUUUAACAGCUUAUAUCGCCAGCAUAGUGCAAGACUGGAGACUUUUGUUGCGACUAGUCAACAUCCCGGGAUUGCUUUUCUUGUCAUACUUUUGGCUAACAGAAGAAUCGAUGAGGUGGUUGGAAAGUCAAGGUAAACACGACAAAGUGAUUCACACGCUCAAGAAAAUAGCGGCUGCCAAUAAAAAGCCUUUUCCUGACCUGCCUACAAACACUCAAGUAAAGAGCUCGGAAAGUUUGGAAGAUAACGACGCAAAUUUCAGCGGUAUAAUUAAAGACAUAAUCCGCUCUUCGACAAUAUUCUGGAGAAUGAUUAGGUGUUCGUACGUGUGGAUAGCGGUGACUCUGGUAUACUACGGACUGACGAUAAGCUCGACGGACAUCGCCGGAGACAAGUAUCUGAACUUUUCGUUAGUGUUGUUCGUCGAGAUCCCUGCUUGUCUGUUGAACUGGUUGAUAAUGGAAGGCAUGUCGAGAAAAAUGUCACUCUGUUGCAUGUUUGUGUUCAGUGGCGUCACUUGCGUCAUGUACAACUUGAUGCCCAGUGAAUUAUACUUGAUAAAGCUGUCGCUGUUUUUGGUCAGUAAACUGGCGAUAUCCAUCGCGUUUUGCAUCAUUUACAUGCUGACCGCGGAGAUAUUCCCCACCAGGAUGCGGGCCACCAUGAUGUCCAUGUGCUCCAUGCUCGGUCGGAUCGGAUCCAUGUUGUCGCCUCAGGCCACGCUGCUGACCGAGUAUUUCGGCGUGUACGCGACAAUGCUCGUGUUCGGCAUGACGGCGCUGGCGGCAGCGGCCAUYACCAUGACAUUGCCGGAGAGUAAAAACAUCAAAUUGCCCGACACCAUCGACGAAGCCAAAGGGAUCGGUAGCGACGUGAAACCAAAAAACAUUGGAAAAAACUCACCGUAGAGUUCCUAUUACCACUACAAUAUUGACAACAAUUAUCAUGCAUGACUAACACAGUACCCCAAUACGGUCGAUUUCGACAUGGUAUUAUUGUUAUUAUACGUUCAUAUACGCGCCCGAGAAACGUUUUUUUUUAAGCGUCGCACCAAAGUAUAGGUAUUAUAAUAUAACACACAAUAUUGUUGCGUACGCGGACCACCAGUUAAUUUACCAUGCGCGUCGUCUGCGGUUUCCGGAUCGGGGGGGUGCACACUCGUCCGAAAGAGGGGGUGACUGCUGAUUACGCCCUCAGUAAUCCCGAUGACUUAAUUUUAAUGAUAAAACGACUUGGUAUAAUUAUUACCGUGUACCUAUAUAUAUAUAUAUAUAUAUAUUAUUAUUAUUAUAACAUUGUAAGUUAAAUUCGCGCUGUUCUUUAUUAUAAUAUAUUAUGUUUAGUCUAGCGGCUUUGUGAUCAAUUUUAGCUCCUUUUUAUUUCAGUUAUUCUACAAACGUCUUAUAACACGGUUGUAAAACAUUAUUUGUAAAUACCACUCAUAUAAUUUAACUGUUUGAACCUAAUGUGUAGAUACCUAAUUUAAUGGCGUAGAACUUGGUACAGCUCGACUCUGUAUGCUCUAAAAAUCCUAUUUGAAUACCAUGAUAAUAAUAUUAUAUACUUAUAUUAUACGAAUUUGUAUGUAUGCUAAAAAUAAAUGAACAAAAUAAGUAAAUCUCAGCCUGUUGUUUUAUAUGACUUUGGCGCUUCCAAUUAUUUGCUCAAAAAAA